UCUUCAUUAUGAGUUUGAAUGCACAGUUCCCGGCAUCCUCGGCGGCUGUGUUCCCAGGUCGUUUCUGUGUGACGGAGAGGCGGACUGCGGAGACGGAAGUGACGAAAGAUUCUGCGGGUUCUCACCAACUACACCGAAGCCCACUCCAGCAGAACCUCGUUCCCAGGACCUUCCGUGCGGCAUCACGGCCCACCUCCCGGGCCUAGACCAGGGGCUGCGCGUCAAACGAUCACGUGACUGGGAGUUUGUUGAGCCAACCGGCGGCCAGGAAACAGGCGGGCCCAUGCUGGCCUCCAUCGUGGGGGGUUGGCCCGCAAGGAAAGGGGAGUUCCCGUGGCAGGUGGCAAUACGGGAAGACGGAAAGUACCACUCAUGUGGGGGUGUCCUGAUCGACAAGUGCUGGGUUCUGACGGCCGCGCAUUGUUUUGAACAAUACCCCAACAAGACAUACAGCAUUGUGGUUGGAGAGAUGAACAGUAAGGUGGAAGAGGGAACAGAACAGGAGUUUGACAUUCUUGAGGUCCAUGUUCACGAGAAUUACACAGAGGAUGUGGCAGACUCCAAUGAUUAUGACAUCGCUCUGUUACGGCUCCGUACAAAGAACUGGCGCUGCGCCCGGCUGACCGACCAUGUGCGCACGGCCUGUCUGCCAACCUCUCCUAACCAGUUCCCAGACGGGUACAUGUGUGCCAUCAGCGGAUGGGGGAACACCAACUCAGAUGAGUUCAGCCCCAGCACGUUGAUGAAAGCCCGUGUGCCGCUGCUCCCCCAUGCGGAUUGCAGCCGUCGGUACAGGAAGAAGAUGACGCCCAGGAUGCUGUGCGCCGGCUACCUGCAGACGGGCGGUGUUGACACCUGUAACGGAGACUCCGGCGGGCCUCUGGUCUGUGAGCGGGACGGCAGGUGGACGGUGUGGGGCAUCACCUCCUUCGGCUUCGGCUGCGCCUCCCCGGGUUUCCCAGGCAUCUACACCCGCGUGACCGAGUUCCUACCCUGGAUCAACAAUAUCAUCGGGGAAAUCGUACAGCUACCUUAG